AUGCAAUCAGGGCUUUCUGAAGUUUCAAACAGCGAGACUCACAAACCCACCGACUCUACCCCGUCCACCGCCUCCCAACAUGGCAUACGUCGCCCCAGCUCUCAGCCUCGGCCAGGCAGCCAGUCCCCGCGCCGUGCUCGGAGCCCCUCUCCGGGUGCGCGGGGCAGCGAGCUUGACGUCAGCGAGCUCGACCACAAGCUGGACCGACUGAACGUCGCUGGUGUUGAAGUCGAUGUUGAUACUGCUCCAAGCUAUGAGCUGGUCGCCGGCCAGCGCAUCUCGGAAUAUGAAAAUGCAUCAUCAGUGAUGCUCUCGAACCGUCAGAGUCCUCGCCCGGCUUCCGACUCGAAGCCCACCAGCAAUGGCGUGCCCUUCAAGAGUGCCCAGCUGACUGACUUUCCCAAUGAACUCCUGACCCAAGUCCUCUCCCACCUCCAUCCCGACUCGCACGGCGCUGUGGCUUUAGUGUCGAAGCGGUUUUAUGCGCUUGUUACGACCCCUUAUGCCUGGCGGACUGCCUUCCUGCGAUACUUCCCUGGGCGUGAUGCCUUGGCAGAAUCGAAGAAGUCUGGUCAAAAGGAACAGGAGGGCGAAUCUCACCAUGAUGUCAUCAGGUCCGAGGUUCGAUUCUUCACUCGGCUGACCACGUCUGCCUCGUGGCGCAGCGAGUACUUGUUGCGCACUCGUCUGCUCAGGAGCGUGGUUCGUGGAAAGCCGGGUAGUGGUGGUGUUGGGACGUCUACGAAAGCCAGCCAGAAGAAGUCCGGUGCUGUGUUGACGUACAAUUCGAAACUGCCGUGGAUGAUAUCGACCGUUCAUGCCAACUUCACUGGUGGCAGGCAAGGACCCAAGGUCAUUCAUGGCUCUCGCGACCUCGGUAUCGCCACGGCCAGCGAUCCGACUACGGGUCGACUGGACAAGGUCGGGCUCGACGACCCCUUUUCGUUUCAGCAGUUGGAUGAGGUUUUCCCCGACCUUGACUUUUGGGGUCUGGAUGACGGCCUGGCUGCGGUUCCAAAUGUUUUGGAUGUGAGCCAGCAGUAUGGAUUGGUUGGUGGAGAAGGCUUUCCUGGUGGCCGGGUGUACUUCAAGGGUGCUGGAGACUUGCGUGGCAAGUAUCUGGGCCAGGACGAUGUCAUUAUUGACAUGGAACCCGAGAUUCCCAAGAUCCCGGAGCUCAUGGAGGCCGUCUCUGCUGUUUGGAUCGCCAAGACGCCCAACCCCAUGCAGGUGACAAACUCCAUGGUUGGCAUCAUGACUGGUUCUACGCUCGGUGUUGUAACUGCUUACACACUGGGCAUUGACUCAACUGGGCCUCGGUUUUCCAAGGGCGACAUGACCGCUCGCUGGGUUCUCUGCCCAGGUGUUCCCGUUGUCGACAUCAAGGUGGAUGAUAACUACAGCUUGAAGCGCAAAGCUCUGGGUCGAGUUUGGGCCGUUGCUUUGAACGCGUUGGGUGAGGUAUUCUACCUUCGGGAUGUUCCCACGCCGCCCCUGGUCAAAGGCAAACUCGAACAGAUGGUCAGGCACGCCUGGUACUCUGGUCGGACUGCCUACUGGGAACUCAUCGAGGCCACUCGCCGUACGGCUAGACCUGAUGAGUUUGAUAGGAAUGUCGUCCGUGGCUCUUACUCACCCCGAUCACCUUGCAAUUCUAUGAGAUUGAACAAAGACCAGAUCAUUGCUGAGUCCAAGGAAAUCGAAAAGUUCUUUCGGUACAAGCCUGAACAUUGGCGGAAGGCGUGCCUCGGCUGGGACAUGCUGCGCAAGCUCGAGGUCGACUUUGCUGGGGGGGAUGAAAACAGAGCUGGGGAAGGCAUUUAUGUGGUCACCAUGGGUCAUGGCAGGGGCGAACAGGCAUCUGUCCUCAGGCUUGUCCGGGCAGAGAGUCGGCCUCUGGUGACUACGCCUUCAGGACCGACGACACCCCUGGCUCAGCCUUUUCAUUCGUCCAUUUUCGGUGAUCAGGUGGUUCCGAAUGGACCGGGCAAAACACCAGUCGGCUCUGGUCUGAACACUCCUCGAACCGAGGAGAAUGCCGCAAAACCGGACUCUGAGGAAUGGAAGCUCACCGAGUUCACUUUCAAGAGCAAUGCCAGUACCGAGAUUACGGCGAGCUCCAUGGACCUGUCCACCUUUGCGGUCAUGGCGCCUUUCGAAGAUCCUCUGCAUUCUGGCUCGCAGCUCGCUGACCCUCCUGGCACGCCUACUUCUGGGCAUGCUUCUGGUGAGAUUCCGGGCCGCCGCGCGCGCUUGUUGGCCAUUGGCACCAGCACCGGGUCGAUUGUGCUGUGGAAUGCGCGAGACGCGUCCCCCGUGGUGAAGCCGGUGAGAGUCAUUCAGACCGACUCGCCUGAGAUCUCCAGUCUGGGUGUGUCGGCGUUGUAUGUAGUUCACGGAGGUAGUGACGGGCUCGUGCAAGCAUGGGACCCUCUGGCCUCGACGCUUGAGCCCAUAAGAACGCUCAACGCCAGACCCUCGGGACGCAUUCCACGCCACAUUCUCCAAUCGAACCCUGCUCUCCAGCACGCCAACUUCUACAAGGUCGGUGCCAUUUUUUUGGACCCUGACCCGACGGCCUUGCGUGGUGUCCUUGCGUUUGGUACAUUUCUGCGAUACUGGACCUACAGCUCUACCAACCAAGUCACUGGACGCAAGCGUCGCCCUCGUCACAAUGAUGUUCACGGGCGGCUGGCUGGUCGCCGUGAUGGUGCCGGUGUUGACUCGUACAUUGCGGCUGAAGCGGCAGAGAUGCGCAGGGAGCAGGAACACCGCUCCAAGGAACUCGACCGUCUCCGCAAGCGGUUUGGUGUCGGUCUUGCUGAGCUCACCGAGGAGGAAGCGCUGCAGUAUGCCCAGAUGAUCUCGGAAGAGUCGCUUCUUUUGGAUGAACAGCGCCGCUUCAGUGCAAGUGACACGGCCAGUGGAUCGAAUGCCGAUUUGGGGUCGUUGGAUGGGAGCAGCAGUGGCAGCAGUAGCAGCAGCACUGCUGAGACCAUCACCCCUGAACCGAGCAUUUCCAAUGGUGGUGUUGCCACUGCCGCGUGGGCGAGUUCUUCCUCUGUGGUUUUGGCUCCUUUGCCAGAGGAGACGACGGAGGACGAUUUCGAGGCGCAGAUGCAGAGGGCGAUUAGGUUGUCGCUUUUGGAGAACGGGGGGGGUUCUUCGGGGCAGGUGACUGAUUGCUAUUCUCCGGUUGGGCAGAAUCAGAGUGAGGAGGAUCUGGAGAUGUAUCAAGAGUUUCAGGUGGUGGUUAAGAAACCUAAUGGGAGGGGGAAGAAGGAUAAGGGGAAGGGGGCUACGAAUGGGGGUGGGGGUGGUGGGAGUGGAUCGAAUGCGAUGGUGGAUAAGAUGUAUGGGUAUAAUGGGGUUAGUGGGGUCAACAGUGUUGUUGACUUGGGCGGUGGUGGUGGUGACGGGGAGAUGGAUGAU